AUGUCACCAAUUGGGGAAAAGGGCAAGGAGAGUGGUACAGCGAGAGUACUUGGAUCUGGUACUUCUGGUAUCGCAGAGUUAAUGGUAUUUCACCCAAUAGACACCAUAGCUAAGCGUUUAAUGACAAACCAAGUAAACGGUUCAAACAUCAAAGACGUCAUUUUCAAGCAACAUGCUACUUCUCCUGCACUCACAAAGGCUCUGUCUCUCUUCCCUGGCUUGGGUUACGCUGCAGGCUACAAGGUCGCUCAGCGCGUGUACAAAUUUGGUGGCCAGCCUUACUUUAAUGACAUUCUUAACUCUCGCUAUGGCUCCUUCUUUAACUCUAUCUUUGGUGACAGAAACGCCAAAGCAAUCAUGUCCGCUUCCGCUGGUUCGUUGACCGGUAUUGGUGAAGUCGUCCUCUUGCCACUCGACGUACUCAAGAUUAAACGCCAAACCAACCCUGAGUCUUUCAAGGGUAGAGGUAUCGUCAAAAUUGUCGCAGAUGAAGGUUUCGGUUUGUAUAGAGGCUGGGGCUGGACAAUGGCUAGAAACGCGCCAGGCUCUUUCGCCCUUUUCGGUGGUAGCGCUGUCACCAAAGGCUACAUAUUUGGUUUGGAAGAUUACAGCAAAGCUACUUUCUACCAAAACUUCUUUUCUUCCAUCGGUGGUGCUGUAUCUUCCAUCACUGUCGCUGCUCCACUCGACGUCGUCAAAACUCGUAUUCAACAGGCUAACUUUGACUCAAAGACUUCAGGUGCUACCGUCAUCAAAGACAUAAUCAAGAACGAAGGUCCUACAGCCUUCUUCAAGGGUCUCACUCCAAAGAUUCUCGUCGUCGGUCCUAAACUCGUAUUCAGUUACACGCUCGCGCAAACAUUGAUCCCUGCAUUCGGUAAAUACUUUUAG